AUGGCGCCUCCAAAAAAGAAUGGUUCCAUAACAAGUUUCUUCAAGCCGGUACAGCAGCAGGCGCCCCAGAUGCCUUCUUCUCCGGCAAAGCCUGUGGUCGCCAGUCCAUCCACGUCUCCGCUCAGCUCACCACCGGUUCAGGCGUCCAUCAGUGUUGAGAUCGCAGCGUCUGAUGAUGACGGUUGCGAUGGGGCCCAAGAUGAUAAAAUGGACUCGUCCGAUGACGAAGAUGAGCUCGAGGACUUCAUGGCCAAGUUUAAUCCCAGGAAGAACGCACCGCAAACCCCACCACGAAAGUCAUUUCAAACGCCUGGGUCGAAGAGGACAAUGACCGGGCAUUCAUCCCCGUCACUUUCGAGCGAUUCUAGACCGCAGUUCCUUUUUGACAUGAAUACAUUACUCAGGGACUCGCUGCAGGACGAAGCGAUAAAUAAUAGUUUCAUCAAGGCCAAAGAAUCCCGUGAGGAAAGCCGACCUGAUCAGCCCGCUGAGAAUGGCUUGGAUAAGGACCAGGCUUUCAUGAACGUGGUUAAAGACCAGGGUGGACAGAACGCUCACAAGAUCCUUCGAGCUGUUCAGAGAGCAGAAGAUUCAGGUCCAAAGCGUCCACGGUUCUUCUUUUUCAAAACAUUUCAUACGCCUCCUGCUGCACCCAAGCCUCCCCAGGGCAUAAUAUCAGGCCCUUGGCAUCUAUUAGCCCAUGAAGAUGAGCAAACUCGCGAACAGUUUCUAACAUCUGGGCUACCAAUCACCUUGGCUCUAAAAGGCAAAAUCCUUCCAGAGGAGCUCUUCCAAUGGAUCUUGGAUGAUUUCUGUUGUAGUAAAUCGAUCCUAGUACGAGAAGAGUACUGUCGGCUACUCUCCACCCACCCGACUCAUAUAGAGUCCCUGAUUACCAUCGAAAGACUAGAUCAACUAUUCUCUAAUCUCGGGUGUAUUGACAUUCCACGCCUCAAACAAGAUGUUCUCGAAACCUCAAUGUCUGCAGAAGAUUCAUACGCAAAUCGUGACUGGUCCAAUCUCCGAUCAUUCUUGGAACUUCUAUCUCUACUAUCAGGAUCUCUUUCGACACCGUCUCUUCACCACGCCAUUCAAAUGCUUCUCAAGAUGUCUAUAGACAAGUUCCUCAUAUGCAACAUUGAUCUUGUGGUCGAAUAUGGAAGAACGAUUGAGGUGCUUCUUGAUAGCUUACCAGAUUCAUCAUGGAGCUCGUUUUGUCUACAAACUACCAAACUUCUAUUCACUGGUUUUACAAUCAACUCCCUCCGUCUAAACUCUCUUCUAUGCCUUCCACUCAGCAGCGAGAGGGCGCGGAAUCUCAGGCGCAGACUUGCUACAGCCUUUUUCUUCAACGAUCCCAACCUUGGGAACCGUGAGCCCACAGAUAUCGUCACUGUCGAGCGCUGCAUCACUCGUUUGAAAGAACCAGACUUGACCGUUACUCGGAAGACGGACUUCGAGGAACUGAGAGCAAAGAUCAUCUUUCUUGACAUAGCUAUCGCCAGCGGGUCAUUCUCCCCCUUUGAAAAUGCAGAAAACGAGAAGAUUUUUAAUGAGCAGGUCGACGAACUUGCAGCCAUUCUAGCCGCAUUGACUCGGAAGAUCAACGACUCGGGCAUGAAACUUUCUCGAGCCGAAGCCAAGAGUGUGAUUGAGUGGAUUCAAAAACGCAUUUCCUUGUCAGUUCGCACGAAGCGCCAGAGAAAGGCGGAUAUAUUCCAGACCCUAGAUAGAGCCGAGGACCCCUCCAUACCGCAACAGCGCGCGUACAUGCAAAACUUCCUCAAAAAGGCCUAG